CUUUUAAUAGACUCUAGCUUCAGGGUUGUUAGAGCAGCAGAAUUGACACGCGUUAAAUGUGAAGUCACGAAGGAAUUUCUCCGGAACGUUGUUGCCUUUCAAUCUUGGAAGUAAGGCGGUGAAUUUGAUGCACAUUGCAGCCAAGGUCCUGUAUUGUGACACCCGAGAAGCCGACCUGAGACUCAUUGGUCGCAGCACGCACUGUCUCCGUCUUCGCAAGGUCGGGAACCCGGCAGAGCUUCUUUCAAAACGACAUCUCUCAUUUUGAGCAAACACUGAACCAACCCGCUGUAGGCCCUCGAACAGAGAAACAAGUGCGGAUAACCUGCGAACGUGUUGACCGUGGGUGUUUCUGACGACGCGUUUCCCCUUAUUCCUAUGGCUGCCAUCGUCUGCGGGAUCAGUCAUGGCGCCGUCUUAUAGUAAUAGUGGCAAUGGCUACGGCAACGGCAAUGGGAAUGGCUACGGUUACAGUUCCUCCUCUGCGGCGUCCUCCUCCUCUAAGUCGACACGCCACCAGUUCCGCAAUCACCAGCAGGUCGACUUGCACUUCGACAUUGACGAGAUUCGAGCGGGCGCGCGAGUGCUAUUACAUCGUCUUUGGGCAUUUGGGAAUGGGCCGGGCCGCAUCGCUGCCACCAACAUAGCUAUGCAGGGCGGACAGGUGGUCAAGAGAAAUCUGGUUGCGCGCCGGCUCUUGAGCUUCCCGCACUUGCUGGUUGGCUUAUGGGUGCUGGUGCUGCUCUGGGGCGAGAGAUGGAUCUUUGCUAGUAGGGUGCAAAGCUGCGAUUGGGACCAUUGGGAGAAAUGGCCCACAGGAGCAACACCACAUCGCCUCGUUUUUGUCGCCGACCCCCAGAUCAUCGACCCGCAUUCAUACCCGGGCCGCCCGUGGCCUUUGAACCCAUUGACGAUGCAGAUCACCGACAACUAUCUCCGGCGGUCAUACACGCAGCUUCAAAAGGUAUUACAACCCGACACGGUCGUAUUUCUUGGCGAUCUCUUCGACGGCGGGCGCGAGUGGAAAACGGCACGCGGCGAUUUCAGAGAUCCGGAAUGGGCUAAGCACCAUCGACCCGAGAGCGAACAGAAAUUACUGAAGGAGUGGAAUAGAAAAUAUGGCGAAGAUUACUGGCUAGAAGAAUAUGGCAGGUUCGGAGACAUCUUCUACGAGCCGUGGGCGGUAGGCGGCGUCUUCCCUGGAGCCUGGCAGAGGGGGCGAAAGCUCAUAUCGAGCUUACCGGGGAACCACGACUUGGGCUUCGGAGCCGAGGUCAAAAUUCCAGCCAGGAAACGUUUCAAUGCUUAUUUUGGGGAGACAAACCGUGUCGAUGUCAUUGGUAAUCAUACUUUUGUGUCGGUGGACUCUGUGUCCUUAAGUGCCGCCAGUUCGACCAUGAAGGACCAAGUCGACUUACGCGGCAUCUUUAAUCCAGUCGAGAAGUUCCUCGCAGAGGUGAAGGCCAAGAAACGGCGGGCUGCGAUCAAGGAACUUAAGUUUUGGCAAGGGGAGGUCGAAGAACUAAUAUUCGAUCACAAAGUGGAGGAACUCAACGACGCCGAGUACAACGACGUGCCGAGUCUGUUGAAAGAGGCGGAUGGGCCUGACUUUCCGACCGUACUGCUCACGCAUGUGCCCCUAUACCGGGAGCCAGGAACGCCCUGUGGUCCAUUGCGCGAGCACUGGCCGCCGGCGAAGCCACCGAAAGGGCAGACGGAUCCCGUAUUCCCAGAUCAUCGCAAUGCCAUCAGCGUGUCGAGUGGCUACCAAUACCAAAACGUACUGAGCGAGUCGGACUCGAUUAAGCUGAUCAAGAGCAUCGGCAAUGUCAUUCACGCAUUCUCUGGGGACGACCACGACUACUGCGAGCUAGUCCAUUCCGAGAAGAAAGAGAACGUCCCCGAGAUCACCGUCAAGAGUUUGAGUAUGGCUAUGGGUGUACCCACGCCGGGUUUCCAGAUGGUCUCGCUUUGGAACCCCGUCGAUGCGGAUGGGCGUCCCCUUGCGGGAGAUGGCAAACCUACUUUGCAGACACAUCUCUGCCUGCUACCCAGGUCAUUCUCCACCUUCACCACAUACGCAGCUUUGGCUAUCCUCAACGUCUUCGCCCUCGCCGCCCGGGCCUUUCUCUUCUCCAUCCUCAACCUGCAGCCCUUUGCGCUGGAUCCGACCCAGCAAGGCGACCGGUCCAUCUUGCCCGUAUUCAAAGAGAAGGUCGAAAGCGACAGUGGCAACGACAUCAAGUCGCGGUCCUUUGGUACAUCCGGCAAUAAUCUACUCUCCGCCCGCCUAGCCUCGAAUACCCGAGGUCGGGGCGCCUCGAUAACGAACGGUGCCGUGCGAAGCAUCUCACCCAGGCCGAAAAGCAAAAUUCGCUCCGACAGGUGGGGUUGGGGCGUGAACAAGGGUCCCAGGAUCGAAAUCAGGCGGGAUUUCUUCGAUGGAGGCAGGCUGCAGGGCACCACUUGGAGAGCAGCUGCUCGACCGAACUGGAGAACGAGCUUGCAGUCUCGGACGGCGCUGAUAUGGAGGGAGAUGUGGACGACCACCUGGAGGGUCGUGUGGAUGGUCUUUGGAUUCUUUGCUUAUCUUACUUAUAAGGGAUGAGCUUAGCGUACCGUAAAUUGUGAAAAUGGCAGUUUCUUAUGUUGUACUAGACGUCGGUGGGUAGCGGUAAGUCUGGAGUAGUCGGUCUAGUCUGCCUUUGCUUUGAACGGUGUUGGUGGUAUACAUGCAUGGUAAUGGUUCCAGGCUGGCUGGCUGAUUGGUUGGGGUUUGUCAAAACUUUGGAUAGAUAAAUGGCAGCAGGGAAGACAGACACCGCACACACAGCUCUGGCGUACAACUGGAUGGGUUGUUGUACAAAUAUUGUCCGUUAAUGGGUAGAUAGAAAAGACAAUUAUUACAGA